AGCUCUCUCACGUCAACAUCUCGUACUCGAGCUAUAGCUCUCUACUCCGUAAUGCUCCUAUUAGAUCUUACAAACAAAACCUCUCCUUGUUAGUUUUUCUAUUUUUUUCUUUCACUUUUCCGCCUCUUGUUCCUAUUUUGCUUUUCUAAUUUUGGGCUUCUUUGUAUCUCUAUAUCAAAAUCACCCCACUUUCUUUUCACAUUCAAAUUCUUCCCCUCUUUACCACGCAAAACCCUAAUUUUUCUUCCAAUUUGCUCUACCGGGGUUUUGUCCCUCACCGAAAAUUUUCCUAUUUUAUCAAAAUUAGCUUAUAGUAUCAUGUUAAGGAUGCUAUCCUUUAUACUGUUUCUAAAUUUUUAUGGUUGUUAAGCUUGAGAUUCGAACAAUGGGUGGCUUAACCAGCAACAACAAGCGAGACCCGUGUUCAAAUUCUCCUGAUUUUCACAUUUCAAAAAAGCCAAGAUUGUUGUCCAUGCAUCAAACUCCUAACCAAACCCUAGGAUCCUCCAAUAGUACUGUAUCUAGAAUCUCCCGGUACCCAGAAACAACCUCAAAGAUUCGCCGGGAAGUUCAUGCACCUUGCAGAAUACUUAAAUUUGGCUUAUCCAGGUACAAGGAUAGUGAUUACGGUGUAAAGAAGAAAUCUAGUGCUGAUGAUAUGGGUAAUUUCUUAAGUAAACAGCUGGACUCUGCCAGGAGAAGCGCAAUUGGUUCUUUUAGGUAUCUGCUCAAAGAUAAGCAAGUGAUUGAUGCUGAUAACGUACUUGAGAAGCCUGAGAAGCAGGCGGUAUCUGAGGAUUCCAGUAUCGAAGAAAUUGGGGCUAUUGAAGGAGAUGGAAGAGAAGGGAGGUCUAUGGUUUUGGACCAGAGGUCACGAGAUGACCUUGUGUGUAAUAAGGAUGAUAAUGAUGUUAAAAUUGUGGAGGAGAGAUCCGUGGUUACUUUGGACGGGAAUGUAGAGGUGCAAAAUGCGGGAAAAAUGUUGGAUUCAUUGGUUUUGAAUGGCGAAGUUGAUGUAUCCAGUGUCGAAGUGUAUAAGAAGUUGUUGGAGAGUGCGGAGAGGAGGAAUGGGCGUUUAAGAGCGUUGGAUUCUGAAAUUGAAUUGAACCAAAAGAAGCUGAUCUUUUACCAGUCAACGCGACCUAUUAAGAAGCCCGACGAGAAAGCUGUGGAGGAGAUACCUCGUGAACCCUUUAUUGCUCUUACGAAGGAGGAGGAGUCUUUGGUCAAACGUGCUUUUUCACCCAACAACAGGAGGAAGGUCUUGGUUACCCACAGGAAUUCAAAUAUUGAUAUUACUGGAGAAGUUCUGCAGUGUCUUAGACCAGGAGCAUGGUUGAAUGAUGAGGUCAUAAAUGUGUACCUUGAGUUGCUAAAAGAAAGAGAAAAGAGGGAGCCACAGAAGUUCUUGACAUGCCAUUUCUUCAACACUUUUUUCUACAAAAAGUUAACAAGCGCAGAGAAGAACGUCUAUGACUAUAGAGCUGUCAGAAGGUGGACUACAGAGAGGAAGUUGGGAUACUUCCUGAUAGAAUGUGAUAAAAUAUUUGUUCCUGUUCAUAGAGAGAUCCAUUGGUGUUUGGCAAUUAUUAAUAAAAAGGAUCAAAAGUUCCAGUAUCUUGAUUCACUUAAAGGAAGGGACUCAAGGGUGCUGGAAAACCUGGCUAAAUACUAUGUUGAAGAAGUGAAGGACAAGAGUAAAAAAGACAUUGAUGUAAGCUAUUGGGAACGUGAAUUUCUUGAAGACCUCCCUGAACAGCAGAAUGGGUAUGAUUGUGGCGUGUUCAUGAUCAAAUAUGCUGAUUUUUAUAGCAGAGGUAUAGGACUUUGUUUUAGCCAGGAUCACAUGCCGUACUUUCGGAUGAGGACAGCCAAGGAGAUCCUAAAAUUGAGGGCCGACUGAAGUGAGCAUGCCACUAAGAUAAUGGAGAUUAUUUGCAUUGUUUUUCCAGCGAUUCUGCAAAUAGCAGAUCUGCUAUAUUUUGAAAGAUGAUUGCACAAUACCUGUGCUUACCUUGUGAAUAGAAGGAUCCAUCUGCAUGAUAGCAAAGCAGUUUUGAGUUGUAGUUGAACUAAUUGAUCAAGGAUUGUUCUGGCGAUUGAUGACUGAUGCAGAAUUCAGAACAAGCUGGGCUCUGUAAUUUUUUCCUUUUCUUAAUUUUUGGGUACUUGAAAGGUAUUUGGGUUUAUUUUUGUCAUCUUUGCAGGGCGGUCUCGGGAAUGUAAUGAUUUGAUUUCAAGCUUUUUGAGGAAAUGAUGCAUAUAUUUUGGCUCUGUCA